AUGGUGUCCGCCUUAGACCUUGUCCACCCUCGUCGUUGUGUCAACGAACGCGUCCUGGCCGCAUGGUCCGAUCGAGAAACGGGCCAACAAAUCACCCUGGGGUCGCUAUCUCUGUUGAACAAAGAAUCCAGCUUCGCUCUAGAGUGUGCGCAUGAUGACGGCUGCAAACAUGCGAUGAUUCGUUUCUCUCUUGCUGUCAAGCUGCGACUGGCCGGUCACUCGCGCAGCAAAGACGUCUCCCUCGAAAUCCUGCCUAGCUCAUCCCCGGAAAUACAAGUCGAUACAUGCAAGAUUCAGGAUGUGGGUGCAGUGGCGUCUGCCGCCCAUGACGCUGGCCUUUCGGAUUCAGGAAUGAUCAUCCGCGCCCACUUUACCCUCGAGCGCCCGGGACGGCUGCUCAUGCCGGAACUUAAGACAACGGCGAAGCCGUCAUCACGCACAGCUCGUGAUCUUCUGCAGAAUAUCACCUCACUGUCCAAGGCUCUGAGCUUUUUUGUUUACCUGCGACCCAGCGAUUAUGCGCGUGAAGGGUUAAGGCUGGUCAGCAACACCCUGCGCUCUGCAGUGCCCGGCAAAGAAAAUUUUCCCCAGGACGCGCUUGGUGAGUCUGGGCACCAGGUAACCGAGCCUCCGCCCCAGUACAGAGCCCACAUGACCGUCAUCCCAAGGAGCCCCAGCCAGUGCGCCACCACGCCUUUACCGGAAAGUCUCCUAUCUGUGCUCUCGCCUAAUACAGUGCCGCAAACGCCACCCUUUCGGAACCCGGGGCCAGCAGCUCCAUCUGCUGGAGAUCCAACAGAGGACCGUCUACGGGCGCAUCUCACGGUGGAGCUUGGCCUGUGGUUGGGUCGGGCAGUCGCGGUUAAUCUUAUCGCCUACCAAGACGAACGCAUCAACCCGCUACGAACGGAGAUGGGUCGCCACGCGCGGGCGGGCGACGAAGUAGCUUUUUGGGACGCGCGCGCUCGUUGUUCGGCCGCCUUCUUCCUCUGCCACGGCCCUGCUGGCCGCGAGAAUGUUGACGACUUCUUCCAGACGGCCUUGGCGGAUGCUUUUCUGCGCGACUUGACUCGGCUUAUCGCGUGGGUCUUAGAGCAGGAUCGUCGCGCUGACUUGACCAUGUGGGAUGAGUUGAUGACGCUAGGCGAGGCAGCGCGUGCGAGUGACUUAAACAGAUAUCAUCACAUCAAGGGUAUGAUUAUCGGCUGCGUGACUGUGCAGUGCGAUCCCGAGCAAAUGUAG